AUGGCCUCUAAGAUCCCCUCUAGAAUCAUUCCUCUGAAGAACGAUUCCUUCUUCAGUCCAGGACCCGAGGAAAGAGAAAAGGGAGCGUACAUUCCUCCAUGGACAGAACCGUACAUUAUUGGCGUGGCAGGUAAUUCAGGCUCGGGAAAGACAUCGGUGUCACAACGAAUCAUUCAGGAAUUGAACCAGCCUUGGACUGUGAUUCUCUCCUUUGACAACUUCUACAAGGAUUUGAAUCCCGAGGAACGUGAAAGAGCAUUUAAAAACCAAUAUGACUUCGAUGAGCCAGCAUCGUUCGAUCUCGAUUCUUUGGUAGAGACGGUGAAGUCACUCAGAGCCGGCAAAAAGACACAGAUUCCGGUGUAUUCGUUCAAAAACCAUGCAAGAACAAAGAAGGUGACGACAAUCUACGGUGCAAAUGUCAUUAUCAUCGAAGGUAUAAUGGCUCUUUACGAUUCUCGACUCACCGAUCUUAUGGAUCUUAAAGUGUAUGUCGAUACCGAUUUGGAUGUUUGCCUAGCGCGGCGGCUCACGAGAGAUACAUUGUUUCGUGGGAGAGACCCUAGUGGAGUCAUGGAUCAAUGGGAAGGUUUUGUCAAGCCCAAUGCAGUUAGAUAUGUCAACCCUACCAUGAACCAAGCCGAUAUAAUUAUUCCAAGAGGAUUGGAAAAUACAAAGGCAAUUGAUCUCAUGAUUCAGCAUGUUCAGAAACAGCUUGGAAAGAAAUCUGUGUUGCAUUUGCAGCGGUUGACGGAGUUGGGAAUCAAGCAAGAAUUUAACCUUGAAAAACACCCAAAUGUCAAAUUGAUACCAAAUAAUAACCACACCUUGGGUAUCAAUUCCAUUUUAUUUAAUGUUGAAACAGAGAGAACAGACUUUAUUUUCUACUUUGAACGAAUUUCCAUCCUCAUCAUCGAAGCUGCGUUGGAUGACUUGACUGCUUAUGAACCAAAGGAAGUCACCACUGCUACCAACUACAAAUUCAAUGGAAUCAAGCACAUUGGUGAGGUGGUAGCCGUCAACAUUAUUCGACUGGGGGACUGUUUUAUGACUGCUAUCAAAAAGACAUUUCCCGAAAUUUCCAUUGGAAAAUUGUUAAUUCAGUCUGAUUCUCUUACAGGAGAACCUCAAUUGCAUACGGAAUCAUUACCUAAAGACCUAUACAAGAUAAGCAAUGGCCGGGUAUUAUUGUGUGAUGCCCAGGUGAUUAGUGGGGCAGCAGCGAUUAUGGCAAUUCAAGUACUUAUUGACCACCAGGUACCUCAAGAAAACAUUAUUCUUUGUACCUACUUGUGUACUGAGUUAGGAAUGCGGAGAAUAUUACGAGUUUUCCCCGGAAUUAACAUGGUAAUUGGCAAAUUGAGUGAAUUGGAUAUGGGUGAAACACCAAAGGAUUAUAAUCCAGAAGGAUUCAAGGAUAUCCAUAGACCAUUCAGAAAGAGAUGGAUCGACAAGGUUUAUUUUGGAACAUGA